GGUUCGAAGAGCGGCUGCGCGUGGGCGGGCACCGCCCCGUGCUGCCGGCUGCGGCGGGCGCUGAGGGAGCUGCUCCGCUGCCGGGGCCCCACCGGCCCCCCAGACCGCCGCCGUGCCGACGCUCAGAAACACAGCCGGAUGGACCUUAAAGGGCCACAGAUGAAAGAACUUGAACACGUUUCUGAAGGUUUAAGAUGUGUCUGACAGUCACCUCCUAAUCUUAGUAAUAAAGAAGAGUUUUUCAACAGGAGCUUAGGAUAUCUUUAUUCCACCUUAUUAAUAUACAUACUAACUGGAAUGGUGUUCUGACAAGAAAUCUCCAUAGUAAAGUACUUACCCUACUACACAACAAUAUUUUCUCUACUGAUAAUGCAACUCAAUGGAGGAAAAUAAUGUUUCGAUAAGCAUGCCUGAAGAUCGUUCCUUUCAUGUGCGAUACAGGAUGGAGGCUUCCUGCCUAGAGCUGGCUCUGGAAGGUGAGCGCCUGUGUAAAGCAGGGGACUGCCGAGCUGGUGUGUCCUUCUUUGAAGCAGCUGUUCAGGUUGGAACUGAAGAUUUAAAAACACUCAGUGCUAUUUACAGCCAGCUAGGCAAUGCCUAUUUCUACUUACAUGAAUAUGCAAAGGCCUUGGAAUACCAUCACCAUGAUUUAACUCUUGCAAGGACAAUUGGAGAUCUACUGGGAGAAGCUAAGGCUAGUGGGAAUCUUGGCAACACAUUAAAGGUACUUGGGAAUUUCGAAGAAGCUAUAGUUUGUUGUCAGAGACACUUGGAUAUCUCCAGAGAGCUUAAUGAUAAGGUUGGAGAAGCAAGAGCACUCUAUAAUCUGGGAAAUGUCUAUCACUCUAAAGGGAAAAAUGCAGCUAGUGCUGGGACUCACGACCCAGGGGAACUUCCAGAUGAUGUGAAAAAUGCUUUACAAAAAGCUGCCAAUUAUUAUGAGGAAAACCUUACACUGGUGACAGAGCUGGGAGACAGAGCAGCACAAGGGCGUGCCUUUGGGAACUUGGGAAACACACACUAUCUGCUGGGCAACUUCAGGAGUGCAGUUCUAGCCCACGAACAGCGUCUCCUCAUCGCAAAAGAGUUUGGGGACAGGUCAGCGGAAAGGAGAGCGUACAGCAACCUCGGCAAUGCCCACAUCUUCCUGGGGGAGUUUGAAACCGCUUCGGAAUACUACAAGAGGACCUUACAGCUGGCUCGACAACUUAAAGACAGAGCUGUGGAAGCACAGGCCUGCUACAGCCUUGGGAACACAUACACUUUGCUUCAAGACUAUGAAAAAGCAAUUGAUUAUCAUUUGAAACACCUUGUGAUUGCUCAGGAAUUAAAUGAUAAAAUUGGUGAAGGAAGAGCAUGCUGGAGUCUAGGCAAUGCAUAUACUGCUCUGGGAAAUCAUGACCAAGCUAUGCAUUUUGCAGAAAGGCACUUGGAGAUUUCAAGAGAGGUAGGAGACAGGAGUGGGGAACUCACUGCUAGACUUAAUCUCUCAGAUCUUCAAAUGGUUCUCGGGUUAAGCUACAGCACAAACACCUCCAUGAUGUCAGAAAGCCACAUGGCAGAUAACAGCUUGAACGGUACUAGACCAAGAGUAGGACGCCGCCACAGUAUGGAGAACAUGGAACUUAUGAAAUUAACACCAGAAAAGGUUCAGAACUGGAACAGUGAGAUUCUUGCUAAACAGAAGCCGCUGGUUGCCAAACCUUCAGCAAAGCUGCAUUUUGUAAACCGACUGAAAGGCAAAAAGUACAAAAUGGGCAGCACGUCCAAGGUCCUGCAGGAUGCCAGCAACUCCAUUGAGCAUCGACUUCCCAACUCUCAGAGGAAAAACAGUCGAGAGACAAUGGCAGAUGAAGGGUUUUUUGAUCUACUGAGCCGAUUCCAGAGCAACAGGAUGGAUGAUCAGAGGUGCUUCUUCCAGGAGAGGACCAGAUUCUCAGCUGCUUCCAUGACCACACCCUCUACUCCACCUAAAACAAUGAGAAAAUCCUUUUCUACUUCUGUGGUCUCACCCCACACAGAUGAAUUUCUUGACCUGCUGGCCAGCUCGCAGAGCCGCCGCCUGGAUGACCAACGUGCCAGCUUCACUAAUCUCCCUGGGCUUCGUCUGAACCAACACAACAGCCACUCAGUCCUGGGUCACCUCAUGGCCAGCAGCAACAGAGAACUCGACGAGGACUUCUUCGACAUAUUGGUCAAAUGCCAGGGUUCCAGACUGGACGAUCAAAGAUGUGCUCCUCCAUCAUCUGCAAAGGGACCAACUGUACCAGAUGAGGAUUUUUUCAGCCUAAUUUUGCGAUCACAAGCUAAGAGAAUGGAUGAACAGAGAGUCCAUUUACCAUCAGCUAUAAAGGAACCAAGUUCUAGCUGAAGGAAGAAGGUGGUGUGGUGUGUACUGUACAGCAGCAUCUUGGCUAUCAUUUGUUUGCAGGAAAAAGAGACACUGCUUUUUUACAGAACUGCACUUAACCCUUUUGUCCCCUUUCUAAUGAUUUUUUUGGUAUAAAUAGCAGCAGCACUGCACUCUUGAGUGAUAGCUAGAGCUGCUGGCAGCUGCUUCUAGCAGUGUCUUGAGAUACCCAUCUAGUCCCUCUAGUCUAUGAAUAUUAAUACAGAUUGUUUCCUGACAAGGAAUUCUCAGUGCUGAGGUGAUGCAGCCAGAAUCCACAAGUGCAGGACCUAAAUUCGUAUUGUUCUUUUUAGACAACACCUGAUUAUUUUUUAUCACCCUGCAAAAAGGAUGUUUGCUUUUAUACUUUUUUUUUUUUAAUAAAAGAGAGAGAGAAAUAGCUUCAA